AUGGCUAGGUCACUUGGAAGAAGACAGACUCUUGGAACGAGUUACAUGGAAGCAAAUUGGAAAUAUGCCGCAUCGGAACAUGAUUCUGGAUCCGUCGUUAAUUACAGUAAAGAGCAAUUUUUAUCCAAUUUGGAUGUACAACAAUUCAAACCUAAUGAAAUUUCUGUGAAAGUUACUGGAGAGAACACCAUUACCAUCGAGGGUAAGAACGAAGAAAAGGAAGAUGAACACGGCCACAUUUACAGACAUUUACUUAGGAAAUGCGUACCUGAAACUCACGAUAUGAGCAAACUUGAAUCAAAAGUUUCUUCUGAUGCUUUUCUUUCCAUUACAGCGCUAAAAAUUGAUGCAGGACAAAUAAUCCAUAAAGAUAUUCCUAUAGAACAAACCGGAGAACCUGCCAAUGUUAUCGAAAAGGAAAGCGGAGCGGCAAACAUAAGAGCAACUCCUAAACAUACGAAUGCGACGGCUAAACUGAUUUGUCUGCAGAUACAGUAG